AUGAGUCACCACCCGCGUCAAGUCUUGAGUCCUGGGGCGUCGCGAAAACGCAAAGAGAGAGAAGCAUUUUACUCCGUUAAACCGUUAAAACAAACGGUAAAUAUUUCUGUUACUACUACGACGUCGUCUAAAGCAGCUGAGCCGGUUUCGUCUAAUCGGCUUCUAGCUGGAUACAUGGCUUACGAGUUUUUAACAAAGGGUACUCUGUUGGGUCAGAAGUUUGACCCGGCUCGAGCCGGGGCUGUGCCGGUUGUCGCAACUGAGCUGAGGAGGCAUAAGCAGGUGCAGAGUCAGAGUUCGGAGGCCGAGCCGAGCGGGAGAGUAAAACCGGGUCCGAGUCAGACUUAUGCUGAGGUGGCGAAUUUGAUGAAGAGUGAUGGGGAUGGGGUCCACAUACCGGGGAUUGUCAACCCUACGCAACUCGCUCGGUGGAUUCAGAUGUGACAUGCGCGUGGGAUUACGUGGAAGGAUUUCAUUGGUUGGACGUUUUGUUGGUCCACCUAAGAAAUAGUGCAACCUCCCCUACCGUAUAGAGAUCUCCUUAGGUGGUGAGUCGUUGGUGCACAAGCAUUUCUCUCUUUUCUCUCCUCUCUCUCUCAAAUAUCGGCCAGACGGGAAAACCAAUUAGUGACAGAUUCCGGCAAUCCUUCUCUCUGUUUUAAGUCUCCCUCUCUCUCUCUCU